AUGCAGGAUCGAGGAAGAGGGCCAGUUAAUCUCGGGUUAACGGGGACCAUCGGUGGCCAAACGAGCGUCCCGGGCCCGCGUUUGGCAGCGCGAUGUGCGGCGCAGAAGGAGGAGGAAGAGGAGGAGGAGGAGGCGAGGAGCGGCCUCCGCGGCACCUGCGCGCUCGGCCCUCCCACAAGAAGUGCAAAGCGGCCGUCGGGCACCGAGCGCAGAGCCGCCUACCCGAGGCACGCGCGGGCGCCCAGCCUGCUGGCCAAGAGCAUCCUCGAAGUUCCAAACCCGUGUUUUUCAAUGACAAAAGGUAUCUCUCGAGGACUCGGUACCCGCCGGAGGAGCCGGCUCGCUCCGCGGAGCUCAGCCCCUCGCGGGCUGGUGUCAGAUGGAGCCGGCGGCGCCCGGACGCCGCUCGCUGCGGGGCAGGACCACGGACCGGAAUACGGCCCGUACAAAGCAGCCUUCAACCCCGCUCAGGUCGAGGCUCCCAGCAAGGAGUUUUGCAAUUUUUUGCCCACCUGCCUCGACCUAACCAUGCAGUAUUCGGGAGCCGGGAACAUGGAGCUCAUUUCUUCGAACGUCAGUGUAGCAGCGACCUACCGGCAGUAUCCCCUGCCCGCCCGGUUCUUGGUGUGGCCGAAAUGCAGCCCCAUUAGCGACGCUCUCCUCUACCAGCAGUGCCUCCUGAACGCUACCGGUGUCCAGGCUCUCAAGCCUGGCGUGGGGUGGGAUGCGAAGGCCUCGCAGAGCCAGGAUGGUGCCCACGGAGAGCGGGACAUGGUGUCCCCGAAGCUGGAAAACCCGCUCGCUCCGAGCCACGCGCGGGACGUGACGCAGCUGUGCAGCGAGAUCUCCUGCCUCCCGCAAGAGGCUCGGGAGCGGUCGGCUUUCUCCCCUCCAAAAAGGACUUUCGACAAGGACCCCCUGGCUCCUCCGGAGCAGAUCCUAGGCAAGGUGAGCAAAGAGAGCCCCAAAGCUCCGCCGCUCAAGUACCACCCGUUCCAGCCCCUCUUCCCGCAGACGUUCCCGGAGAAGCCUGGAGCAGCAUUGGCCAAAGAGACUUUAGAAGAAGCUGCUAAGAGAUACAGAGAGAGCUCCGCCAAAGAGAACCAAAAGUGCAAGUUUACAAUAGACAAGUAUGCCAAAGACUUCUUUGGGGCCAAGCAGGCCACAACAAAACUGUCGACGAGUGAGCCACUGUCAUUUUCGGUUGAAUCCAUCCUCAAACGACCUUCUUCUGCAGUUGCUAAUGUCUCUCAGUAA